AGUGUAAUGACCGAAGACAACAAUGCGAAUGGGCCAGCGGGGGCGGAUGAUUCCUCCCAGUAUGGGGGAGUGGAAGGACCCAACUCGCAGUACGUGAGACUCAUAUCCUCGGACGGACACACAUUUGUAGUGAGGAGAGAACACGCUCUCACUUCGGGAACUAUCAAGGCCAUGUUGAGUGGACCCGGACAGUAUGCAGAGAAUGAGGCGAAUGAAGUGAACUUCAGAGAAAUACCUUCGCACGUGUUAAGCAAAGUCUGUCAGUACUUCGCAUACAAAACCCGUUAUACAAACAGUUCCACAGAGAUACCCGAGUUCCCGAUCUCAACCGAGAUAGCCCUGGAACUACUCAUGGCUUCCAAUUUCUUAGACUGCUGACAGAUGUUUCAUACUGCAUUUGACCUGACCUGACCUGACCUAUCACAAAUCGGAUACAAAUCUGCCAUUCAUUCGGCUGUAAUGUGUCAAGAUUUGAGUCAACUUUUGACUGACAGAUACAGCGCCACUAAACGACAUGGACUUUAGUUUUAAUGAAAACUCUUUAAACACAACGGCUCUUUUUCCUCGUUAUAAUUGGCCAUUUUUUUGGUAGAAAGCUACUUCAGAUCAAUUUAACAUCAUUUCUUAAUCUUCCUAUAAAAUAGGACAAGACAAGAUAUUGCUGCUUUGUUUCAUUGAGUUAUAAUUAUGCUGAGCGCGUUUUGUUAAAUUGGUUUUUUAAUUAGUUUAAAUCAAGACGUUCACUUCCCUAAAACUGGUUUGGGGCAGGUGUAACCUUUUCAAAUUGAGGAUGGAAAUAUCUUAAAUUUCAGCUAGGUCUGAACUGUAUUUUUUUUUAUAUAUCGGCACAGAAAGGAAAGAGAACCGGGUUAUCGAGAUUGCCACCAAAUUUAAUUGCAAUAUUCAAGCGAAUGCUAUUGCUGUAUUGCGCUCGGGAGUUUGCUUUUGUAAAUAGUCAGUAUUUGAAGCGUUUUCAAUUCAUUCUUUUGUUUCCUU